GUCCAUGGAAGAAAGGACGCAAGCACAAAUCAGACAGUGGUAUGAUUGAAAGGAGAGGAAAAUGUCAGCUAGAAAGAUCUAAUGUAGCUUGCAUAGAAAAAGAUGAAUCAGAGAUUGAAGGAAUAUAUCUAAAGAACAAUCGUCCUGUAGCAGUAAAGAGUGCUCGUCAAGGUACAGGUGGGCUUGUUAUGAGGGAUGAAGAGUAUUUCCUUGAGGAUGAUGAAAAACAACAUGAUCAUGUGUUUGCAGCUUCAUGCCAUACGGAUGGGUGUCCUCCUCUUUUGGUCCUAGUAGUUCAAGCAGCAAAAGUCAUGAUAAUGACACAAGUGUCAGAAACAAAGUGAAGGAGACAUUGCUUUUGUUCCGAGAUGAAUGUGGGAAGCUCUUGCUGGAGGAGGAACGUAAAAGGUCAAAGGGAGGAGGAAUUUCUCACCGAAGGGUCCAUUUGGAAGCCUUUAAGAUCCUCAAGGAUAAAAAAGUCUUUGUAAAGUCAGGCAAACAAAUCAUUGGAGCUGUCCCGGGUGUUGAUAUUGGCGAUAAGUUUCAGUACCGAGUAGAACUUAACAUUGUUGGCCUACAUCGCCCAAUCCAAGGAGGUAUUGAUUAUGGGAACUUCGGUGGGAAGCUCUUGGCAACCAGUAUUGUUGCAUCUGGUGGCUAUGCUGAUGAUGUGCGUAAUAAGAACUCCUUAAUCUAUACUGGCCAGGGAGGAAAUGUGAUGAACACAAAGGACCCUGAAGAUCAGAAGCUUGAACGAGGAAAUCUUGCUUUAAAGAAUAGUGUGCAAAAGAACCCUGUCAGAGUGAUCCGUGGCUCCGAAUUGAUGGAUGGAAGUAGGACAUAUGUCUAUGAUGGACUGUAUUUGGUAGAAAAGUGCUGGCAGGAAGGAGGGCCUCAUGGAAAGCUUGUUUUCAAAUUUCAGUUGAACAGAAUUGGAGACAAGACCUUUCUUAGAAACUGACCUGCAAGGUCAAGGCCGCAAAUUCAUCUAUCAGAUACAUGAUCGGCCUUGGUUAUAGAGGAAGACUGGUCAGCUGGUGACAUUUAUAUUUUGGAUCUGUAAGCAGUUAGUAAGGUGUUGCUGGUAGUGAGUAGUGACAG